GUGAUCUGUCAAUGACAAUACAUGCUGAUUUCCGUCGUCACCCGUCACGGGUGACAGACUCAUGUUCUUUCACCUCUGCUGUCAUUGAGCGCCGCGAGCCAGGAUGCAAUUCGGAGGCCCGCCGCCGCCCCUUAUGGCAGGGCAUCCGCAUCCUUCCUACCGCAGAAGGCCAUCAGGUCCACCUCUUCCCCAAUACGCCAAUGGUCCGCCCGGGAUCAUCGUUCAGGCGCAUCCGCCCGUUAUGAAUCCGUACUACCCCCCACCAUGGAAUAUCCCUAUGCCCGGGAACAUCCCCGCAUUCCACCCGCGUCCUGAUGGGUGGUUUGUGUCCCAGCCGCCUCCAAACCUCGGGGCCUUUCCAAUGUCGCCUACAGCGACCGCAACGAGCGAAACAUACUUCCCACCCUCACCUUCUACGACGCUCGUGAACACUCCAGGCGUCAACCUGCCACCGGUGGAGGAUGAUCUGGUUCAUGACUUCUGGAAGGGUCGAUUCGCACCUUUUCCAGGCUGUGCCACAUCGCCAAGUCUUCUCCAAAAACAGAAGACUCCAUCCCGCGGGAUUCCCAUCACGGCUCCGUCGGACGAUCCUCUCAAGCCCACACCUCCUAAUCACACUAUUCUGUUUGAGACCUCUCUUUCUUCGCCCAUCUCCUCUGCUGUACCAUCAUCUACUCCCGGAAUCAACGAAAAUCAUAUAAACGGAAAAACAUCAGAAAACACAAUGUUAGGAAAUGACAAAUUGCUUGACAAAUAUGCCGACGUCUUCGUCCCUGUGUAUCUACAAAAAAUUCAAAAACAACCUCAUCACCUUAAGACUCUGCCCCCGAUACCACCUUUUCCUAGUGUAACUUACAUCAGAGCAUUCUUUCCUACUUCUGUCACCGACUCGAUCACUUCUACCUCAUCACUAACUCCGUCUUCUAUUUUAUCUAAUGCGCCUCCGGCUACAGCGCCGGCCCUUACCACCGGGUCUUAUCACCAACACUGGGCAGCGCUUCUUUCAUGGGAGCUUCACAAGCUCGCAGUCGAGAAGGAACAGAUCGUGUUGUGGAAGGUGGGGGUCAAGAUCGGUGCUUGGGACCAAGCCGAAUUCAUUUUGGUCGUUCCGAGCAUUCGAGAAAAUUCGCCCCGACUGGAAAUUGGAGAUGUCAUCCUAUUGCGGGAAAUCUUGGAAGGGCAAAAGAUCGGGAGUGGGAUCGCAUUCGAAGGGCGCGUUGUUGCGCUUCGCAAACGGGAAGGCCUGAUUCACUUCUUUUGUCCCGGACUCAAACUACACAUUGAAUGCUGUAUUGCUCCGAUUCAUCCUGCGCGGCACAUCAAGCCGGGGGGCAAAAUCAUUUUCACCCCGGAAGAUAUUCUUCCUCUCGUGUUCAACAUCUCUUUCAUACCCACGGCCCGUCCGGCGGUUCUGAUGGAUAACGCGGCUUUGGUGUUACAUCAGGCAAUGUCGGCUCCAUUUGACACACACCGGCGAAGGGCUGCCCGGCGAUGGCUGUUCCCGCAUGAGGACGAUCUGGUUCAUUUGGAAAUGGAUCUCGUGCAGAAACAUCUGACGCAGGAGAGUUGGACCGAUGGUGGGUUGAACGCUGAGCAGAAACUUGCUGUUUCGUCGAUCGUUCUACACGAGUCUCCUGUGCCAUUCCUGAUUCACGGCCCCCCAGGGACAGGCAAGACCAGAACGAUGGUUGAAGCUGUGCUCCAGAUACUGCGAAAUCACCCAGAAGCGUGUAUACUGUUAACGUUUGCAGAGGUCGCCUUGAAUAUUCGACAAUAUUGCUAUAUCGAGGACGACAAAUUUGCCCUUCCGAGCUGGGAUGUUCUACUCAAAUAUCGUGUUGUCGUUACAUCCUGUGUUGAUGCUGGGAUUCUGGUCGAUGCGCAUUGUACCAAUUUUGCACUUGCCCGACUCGAAACCCAGCUCAUGGGAUGCUUACGUCCACGAAAACAAUCGGCAGAACCAGUUCUACCGCAUUGGACACAUUUGCUUAUCGAUGAGGCUGCCCAAGCUGCCGAACCCGAACUGCUUAUUCCGAUCUCUGUCGUCCUUCCUGGAGAAGCCUCUGUCGAGGACACGUCGUCUGUUGUCAUGCCCGGCGGGUUGGUAUUCGGUUCGAUUCGGCCACAGACCAGUGCCAUGCCCCAGCUCGUCCUAUGCGGUGACCCGAAUCAAUUGGGCCCAAUCGUAGCUGCGGAUGCUGCCCGGGAGCAAGAAAUGGACGUCUCCCUUCUCCAACGACUCUUUGAUCGCUCGGUAUACGGGAAAAAUCGGGAUGGACGGCCUCGAAGUUCCACGGCGUUCCGGCCUUACGCCAAUCUCAUCCGCAAUUAUCGAAGUCAUCCUGCGAUUCUGAUGCCUCCAUCAGCUAUAUUCUACGACGAUGCGCUGAUACCCUGUGCCCGAAAUGGAACGAUCACGUGGUCUGGUCUCCCCAAUCAACGUUUCCCACUCUUAUUCGUUGGGACUGAGACCGAGGAGUCUUGCGUCGAUGAUCGCGCAUCGUGGUAUAACCCUGGCGAAAUCGACCACACAGUUCGCUUGAUUGUUGCACUGCUCUCGGAAUCCGCGUCCUGCACACCGCCGCUCCAUGCUGCCGAAAUCGGUGUGAUGGCUGCCUUCCGCGAGCAAGUGUGGAAAAUUCGCGAGCGGUUGAGGAAAGCGGGGCUGAGUGCUGUUGAUGUUGGCACUGUCGAAGACUAUCAGGGCCGAGAGAUGCGUGUUUGCAUCAUUUCGUGCGUGCGUAGCAGUACACGUUUCCUCAAGGACGACUUGGCUCGGGGGUUGGGGCUUGUGCGGGAGCGAAAGAGAAUGAACGUGGCCAUUACUCGCGCAAAGGAGCUUCUGGUCGUCGUCGGAAAUGGAUCCAUACUCAAGCAGGAUCCAUUUUGGAGGAAUUUCUUGCAGUUCAUGCUCAGGAAUAAGCUGUAUGUCGGACCUGCACUGGACCUGGAACUCGAUGGAAAUUAUAUUUCGAGACUCGAAUCGGCAUUGGUUUCUGAGGAGGAUUUGGACGAGGAGGAGCGCGGGGUGGCGAUUGCGGGGGGCAUGGCCAGGGAAAUCCUGAAGGAUGAACUUUAGCAACAGAGCAUCUCCCGUAGCAUAGUCGGAUCGCUGGUUCCAGAACGAUCUGAGAAUGUGAUCAUCCUGCUCGCCGUUGAUUUCUCACGGUCCAUCAUCCAAUUGUGAUCUAUGCUCUCAGAAGGAUUAUCAGACACGGCUCUGACCUAUCAGGUAUCAGGAAGUCACUAGCACUCUGUCCCGUGAAUUGACAAAGCAAAUGCCCCGAAAUCUGAUUUGCCACGGUUCAUCGUGCUUGCACGCCAAAACUGUACCGCCGCUGGUUUGUUUCCAUUUAUUUCCAAAUGGUCGUCAUUGAUAUGCGAGCUCUUCGAGUCGUCUGUACCAGUUCGAGCGAGACGGGUCAGUUCGUGUUCUAUACCACAAUAAUACUCAGCAUUGUGGAAGUAACAUCUCGUGCUCAUUGGCGGGGUCCCACCGAGGCGAUUUUACUGAGGGCGGUAAAGUGAGGACCUUUCGAAACGUCAUCAGGACAAACGUCACCUUCGUGUCUCUCAUUCGGGAAUGGAGAUCAGCACUGCAGGUAGUACAGGGAGGGCCAGGUGAUGUCAUCAGUCGAUUGAAAUGAGCACGAGGCUGGGACAGUUUCAAAGGUGCGAACGGCAAAAGUGAUUCGACCCAGGUUCGAACUGAGGACCGCCUGUGAACAACUCGGAGACAAGUUCCAAAUGUUAGACAGAAGUGAU